AUGAGAUUUGAUGCUGUGUGGCUUAUAACAGAUAUCUCUUACAUUCCACAAUUAAUCCCACUUUGGUAUGUGAUUGAAACACCCAAGUUGUAUUGGAUUAAAAGUCAGAUCAUCGGACUUCCAGUCUUUUUUAUUUCGUUAUCUCUUAAUACAAUUGACCAUCUUUUCAAUUUUUAUAUUUUGCUGAAUUUUCUCAACAUUAUCUAUCAAGUUAAUGAAGAAGCUCGAAUGGAAGUUACGAACAUGGAAGAUUUAUUUAAUACAGUUUAUUUAAUUAACCAGCAAUUCACUCAAAUGGCGAAACUUCAAUGCAUUGAAAUAAAUGAAAUUGAAGUUUCGUUUUGGUCGAUAUCACGAUUCGUAUCGACACAAAGAACAAAUAAAACGUGGAUUGAUAAAACAAUAACAGAAGUACACAUUUAUAUGCAUAAACAUAUUAUUCUUGGUUAUCGAUUAAAUCAUAAAUGUCUUUUGAUAUGA